AGAAAGGAAAGCUCAAUCUACACUUUUUUAUAUUUAUGGUUAGCAUUGCAUAUACCUAUUUCGUUCGUUAACACCGUGGAAUUCAUCUCAAUUCAUCUGUAAAAACCUGAUAUUUUAUUAUGGCAAGUAAAUUGCAGUUCGGUGGUUAUCCACCGGCAUAUGAUCCUGUGAGACACGGGCCGUAUGAUCCUGCACGCUUUUAUGGAAAACCCGACACUGCGUUCUUGGAUCUGAAGCUCAGCGAAAUUCCUGGCUGGAUCUCAAGACGUCAAAAAAGUCCACAGGCGCUUGUAGGGCUGUUUUCACGAGCAUUUUGGCGUUGGCAACAUAAAUAUGUACAGCCCAGACGAGGUGGUAUAGCUCCCUUCUUUCAAAUGGUGGUCGGUUCUAUGUUUGUGUUUUAUGUAAUGAAUUAUAAAAAGCUACGUCAUCACAGGUCUUAUAAAUAUCAUUAAUUGUGUUAUAUUAGUGAUAAAGUAUCUAUAUCUAGAUGCUUGCAUAGAAGAAAAGUAAAAAUCAGAAUAAAAUUAAUUCAUGAAUCAAUUGUUUAUGAAAAAUAUUCAACCGUUCUGGAUGCGUUUGAAUAAAUUAUAUUCUCAGUAUGCAUAAAAAUA